GCGAUUUUAAGUACUAAUUGUUAAGCUUUCAGAGGCCUUGUCAUCUGCUGACAGGUGAUAUGUUCGAUCCCUUACACAUUUAGUCCCACUCUCCCGCCUUUCAAUCGAACAUAUUGUUCGUAUUUUUGCCAUCAUACUCUUGAAUUUUCGGCGGACUCCGACCACCGGCUCUCAAGAUGGCGGACAGCGCGAGCAUGCUGGAUGUCCAAGCAAAUCCAGAAUUGAAAUAUCUGAUCGUGGACAGGAAUUUCGUCAAUGAUCCAUCGAAACAGGCCGAAUGGACUUCGAAAAAACUAAUAUGGAUCCCCCACGAAACACAAGGCUUUGUGGCGGCGAGUAUUGUGUCAGAAAAAAAAGACGAGCUCGAGGUGGAAAUUGCCGAAACGGGUAAACAUUGCGUGGUGAAUAAAGAUGAUGUCCAGAAAAUGAACCCCCCAAGAUUUAAUAAAGUCGAAGAUAUGGCAGAAUUGACGUGCCUUAAUGAAGCAUCAGUGCUGUACAAUCUCAAGGAUCGGUAUUACUGUGGCCUUAUAUACACCUAUUCCGGCCUCUUUUGUGUCGUCGUGAAUCCCUACAAGAAACUUCCUAUCUACACCGAGAAGGUGAUCGAACUCUACAAAGGCAAGAAACGCCAUGAAGUGCCUCCACACAUAUUUGCAGUUACGGAUGGGGCCUAUAGGAGUAUGCUGCAAGAUCGAGAAGACCAAUCGAUUUUGUGCACAGGUGAAUCCGGCGCUGGUAAAACAGAGAAUACGAAAAAAGUUAUCCAGUAUUUGGCUUAUGUUGCAUCCUCUAAGCCACGAUCAAUGUCUGGUUCUCAUUCGUAUAAUGCACCACCUAAUAUUAUUGGUGAAUUAGAACAACAGUUGCUACAAGCUAAUCCAAUUCUUGAAGCAUUUGGUAAUGCCAAAACAGUGAAAAAUGACAACUCAUCUAGAUUUGGGAAAUUUAUUAGGAUAAAUUUUGAUGCCUCUGGUUUUAUUGCUGGUGCCAACAUUGAAACAUAUUUACUAGAAAAGUCUCGAGCUAUUCGUCAAGCAAAGGAUGAGCGAUCUUUUCACAUUUUUUAUCAACUUUUAUGUGGAUCAUCCCCCGAAGAAAGAAAGGAGUUCCUAUUAGAAGAUGCAAAAAAUUAUACUUUUUUAACAAAUGGUCAUGUACAAGUUCCUGGCAUUGAUGAAGUUCAAGAAUUUAGAAAUACAUGUAAUGCAAUGUCAAUAAUGGGACUCUCUCAAGAUGAUUUAAGUGCAAUAUUUCGUGUUGUAUCUGCUGUUUUGUUAUUUGGGAACAUGAAAUUCAAGCAAGAAAGAAAUUCUGAUCAAGCCACGUUGCCUGAUAAUACUGUCGCACAAAAAGUCAGCCAUUUAUUAGGAUUGAAUGUUACAGAAAUGACAAAAGCAUUUUUGAAGCCUCGAUUAAAAGUUGGCCGAGAUUAUGUAACAAAAGCUCAAACUAAAGAACAGGCUGAAUUUGCUGUUGAAGCCAUAAGUAAAGCUUGCUAUGAAAAGAUGUUCAAAUGGUUAGUGACACGCAUUAAUCGGUCUCUUGAUCGAACGAAAAGACAAGGGGCAUCUUUUAUUGGCAUUCUUGAUAUUGCUGGAUUCGAAAUCUUUGAGCUUAAUUCUUUUGAACAACUCUGUAUAAAUUAUACCAAUGAAAAGCUUCAGCAACUUUUUAAUCACACUAUGUUUGUUUUGGAACAAGAAGAAUAUCAAAGAGAAGGAAUUGAGUGGAGAUUUAUAGAUUUUGGCUUAGAUCUCCAACCUACCAUAGACUUGAUUGAGAAACCAAUGGGUAUUUUAGCACUGCUCGAUGAAGAAUGUUGGUUUCCGAAAGCUACCGAUAGAACCUUUGUUGAUAAAUUAGAAUCUGCACAUUCUAUGCAUCCUAAAUUUAUCAAAUCUGAUUUCCGAGGAAAUUGUGAUCUUAGCAUAAUUCACUAUGCUGGAAAAGUAAAUUAUUUGGCUAAUCAGUGGUUGAUGAAAAACAUGGAUCCUCUCAACGACAAUGUUGUUUCUUUGUUACAAACUUCUCAGGAUCCAUUUGUUGUUCAAAUCUGGAAAGAUGCCGAUAUUGUUGGAAUGGGUGUUGCUACUUUAACUGACACUACUUUUGGUGCUAGAACUAGGAAAGGCAUGUUCCGCACAGUCAGCCAGUUGUAUAAGGAGCAGUUGUCCAAAUUAAUGGUCACCCUUCGUAACACUAAUCCAAAUUUUGUCCGUUGUAUUAUUCCUAAUCAUGAAAAGAAGGCUGGAAAAAUUGAACCCUCUUUAGUUUUAGACCAACUGAGGUGCAACGGAGUGUUAGAAGGCAUUCGUAUUUGCCGACAAGGCUUCCCCAACCGUAUUCCAUUCCAAGAGUUCAGACAGAGAUACGAAUUGUUAACUCCUAAUGCUAUUCCUAAAGGAUUUAUGGAUGGAAAAUUAGCUUGUGAGAAAAUGAUUCAAGCUUUGGAUCUUGAUCCUAAUCUUUAUAGAGUAGGUCAGAGUAAAAUAUUCUUCAGAGCUGGUGUCUUAGCCCAUCUAGAGGAAGAAAGAGAUAUGAAAAUUUCUGACUUGAUUGUUCAGUUUCAAGCUUGUUGUCGUGGACUCAUUGCACGCAGGAAUUAUCAAAAACGACUCCAACAGCUGAGUGCUAUUCGUAUCAUACAAAGGAAUUGCUCAGCCUAUUUAAAAUUAAGAAAUUGGGCUUGGUGGAGAUUGUACACAAAGGUCAAGCCUUUGUUACAAGUAACUAAACAGGAAGAGAAGUUAAAUGAGAAGGAAGAUGAACUUAGGCAAGUUAAAGAAAAGAUGGACAAAGUUGAACUAGAGGCACAUGAAGUAGAAAAAAAGCUCCAGCAGGUUAUAGACGAGAAAAAUACUUUAGCUGAGCAGUUACAAGCCGAAACCGAGCUGUGUGCUGAAGCCGAAGAAAUGAGACUGAGGCUUGCAGCUAGAAAGCAAGAACUUGAAGAAAUACUCCAUGACUUGGAAGCAAGAAUCGAAGAAGAGGAGGAAAGAAAUCAAAAUCUGACAUCUGAGAAAAAGAAAUUACAACUGAAUAUUCAAGACUUAGAAGAACAGUUAGAAGAAGAAGAAGCUUCACGCCAAAAACUGCAAUUAGAGAAAGUUAGCUUGGAUGCCAAAAUUAAAAAAGUAGAAGAAGAAUAUGCCGUUCUAGAAGAUAGCAACCAGAAGGUUUUGAAGGAGAAAAAAACAUUAGAAGAGAGACUUGGAGAAGUAUCUCAAACAUUAGCUGAAGAAGAAGAAAAAUCUAAACAUUUAAGUAAAUUAAAAGCUAAGCAAGAAGCUACUAUUGUAGACUUGGAGGAGCGUCAUAGAAAAGAACAGCAGGUACGUCAAGAAUUAGAACGAGUCAAAAGACGCAUUGAAACGGAACUAAAUGAUGUAAAAGAACAGCUAAGUGAAAAGAAAAUACAAGUUGAAGAGAUGCAACAGCAAUUAUCCAAGAAAGAAGAUGAAUUAAAUCAAGCAUUAUUAAGGUGUGAUGAAGAAAGUGCUGGUAAAACACAAGCUCAAAAGACUUUACGUGAAUUAGAAAGUCAGCUUUCUGAGCUUCAAGAAGAUUUAGAUUCAGAACGCCAGACUCGUGCCAAAGUAGAAAAACAGAAACGAGACUUAAAUGAGGAACUGGAGGCUUUGAAAAAUGAACUUCUGGAUUCAGCUGAAAGUACUGCUGCUCAGCAAGAUUUAAGAACCAAAAGAGAGCAAGAAUUAGCCAUGUUAAAGAAAACUCUUGAAGAUGAAACUGUAUCACAUGAAGCACAAAUUGCAGAUUUAAGGCAAAAACAUAACACAGCUAUUGAAAAUCUAAAUGAACAGUUAGAUGUAAUAAAGAAGACCAAGGCAUCUUUAGAGAAAGCUAAAUCCAAUCUUGAAGCUGAGAAAGCAGAAUUGACAAAUGAGGUUAAUGCACUGUCAGCUUCCAGACAAGAUUCUGAAAGGAAGAGGAAGCAGUUAGAAUCUCAGCUCCAAGACAUGACAGCCAAACUUUCUGAUGUCGAUAAAGCCAGAACAGAUCACAUGGAAAGAGCUCAGAAGUUGCAAACUGAAUUGGAUGCGGUUACUGCUCAGUUGGAAGAACUUGACACAAAAGCCACAGCUGCUGCUAAGCUUGCUGGAGUUCUGGAGAGUCAAUUAGCUGAAGCUCAGGACUUGCUUCAAGAAGAAACACGGCAAAAGCUUGCACUCAAUUCCCGUCUCAGGCAGAUUGAGAGUGAAAAAGAAUGCUUACAAGAUCAAUUAGAUGAGGAAGAAGAAGCAAAGAAAAAUCUUGAGAAACAAGUGUCUCUCUUAAAUGUGCAGUUGCAAGAGCUUAAAAAGAGAGCAGAUGAUGAAGCCCAACAAGUUGCCAUCCUUGAAGAAGUUCGAAAGAAACAAACGAAAGACAUUGAAUUAUUACAAAGACAAAUUGAGGAACUUCAAGCUACUAAUGAUAAAUUGUCUAAAUCUAAAAAGAAGCUUCAGUCAGAAGUUGACGAUCUAAACAUGGAGUUAGAAAGUCAACGGACAAAAGUUUCUGAAUUAGAGAAAAAACAGAGGAAAUUCGAUCAACUAUUAGCAGAAGAAAAAGCCAUUUCUGAAAGAAUUGCACUAGAAAGGGAUAAUGCUGAAAGAGAAUCCAGAGAGAAGGAAACAAAAAUUUUAUCCCUAACUAGAGCAUAUGAAGAUAGUCAAGACAAAAUGGAAGAGCUUGAAAGGAUGCGAAAACAGCUGCAAAUGGAGCUUGAUGAAUUGGUUAAUAGCCAGGGAACGGCUGAUAAGAAUGUUCAUGAGCUAGAGAAACAGAAAAGGGCUCUGGAAAGUCAAUUAGCUGAGCAAAAAACACCAAAUGAGGAAUUGGAAGAUGAUUUACAGUUAACUGAAGAUGCAAAAUUAAGACUAGAAGUAAAUAUGCAAGCCAUGAAAUCUCAGUUUGAACGAGAUCUCCAAGCUAAAGAUGAACAAGCGGAAGAAAAGAGGAAAGCUUUAUUAAAACAGGUUCGUGAUCUGGAAAGCGAACUGGAAGAUGAAAGAAAACAACGAACAGCUGCCAUCAGUGCAAGGAAAAAAGUUGAAGGUGAUUUGAAAGACAUUGAACAACAAUUAGAAAUGGCCAAUAAAGUAAAAGAAGAUGCAUUGAGACAGCUCAAAAAGUUACAGAGCCAAUUGAAGGAAUAUCAACAUGAUGCUGAAGCUGAUCAUGCAGCUAAGGAAGAAUUAGCUCUCCAGUUGAAAGAGGCAGAAAAGAAAUUGAAAGCAAUGGAAAUGGAAAUCAUCCAAGUCCAAGAGGAUCUCGCCAACUCUGAGAGGUUACGUAGAACUGUUGAAGCAGAAAGGGAUGAACUGCAAGAAGAAAUCAAUACUACUGUAUCCAGAGGAUCCUUGCUCCAAGAUGAGAAACGUCGCUUGGAAGCUCGUAUACAGCAGUUGGAAGAGGAACUUGAAGAAGAACAGAGCAAUUCAGAAAUCUUAAUGGACAAAGCUCGUAAAUCACAGGGACAGAUUGAACAGUUGACAAAUGACUUAGCUAGUGAAAGAUCUAAUACUCAGAAAUUGGAAAAUAAUAGGAUGAUAUUAGAAAGACAGAACAAAGAAUUGCGUGCCAAACUUCAAGAGCUGGAAACUUCUCAACGGACCAGAACAAAAGCAACUAUUGCAGCCCUUGAGGCAAAAGUAGCACAAAUUGAAGAGCAGUUGGACAUGGAAACAAAAGAAAGACAGCUUCAAGCUAAAACAAAUAGGAAAUUAGAGAAACGUUUGAAAGAAGUUCUUAUGCAAUUAGAAGAUGAAAGAAGGCAUACGGAUCAGUAUAAAGAACAGGUCGAAAAGGUGAAUGCAAGAGUCAAAGCUCUUAAAAGACAACUAGAUGAGUCUGAAGAGGAAUGCUCAAGAGAAAAAGCUCAAAGGAGGAAAGCCCAGAGAGAAGUUGAAGACUUGAUGGAAUCAAAUGCUACACUUAAUAGGGAAGCAUCUUCUUUGAAAAAUAAACUGAGGAGAGGUGGCGCUGGAAGUGGACUACCAACUUCUCGUUAUCUAGCCACGAAGAGAGGAUCUUUAAGUUCCAGUGCUGGUGAUGAUGGUUUAAUCUUACCCGAUGAAACCUUAAAUGACGAUAGCCAAGCAUGAAUCUGCCAUUAACUUGAAAGACACGUUUUUAUUUCACGAAGUUAAGCAAAAUAUUUGUUUAAACAGUUGGAAACACAUUCCGAAGAAAGUAGAAAAGUGUUUGAACACUUGCUGGUGCUGGAUUUGUGAACUGUGGUGCUUGUUAAAGAAUUGAUGUGCAUAGUGAAAAUUGCCAAUCAUCAAAAUCUAUUCAAUGUAUAGAUUAAUUACCUAUGUGGUUUGAAUGUGCAUUUUUAGAAUGACUGCUUCCACCACUUUUGAGUAAUAGUUUUUUUUUUUUUUUUGCAUUUCUUAUAUUGUUGAUAGAUAAAAAAUUUUAUGUGCGGAAAGAAAUAUAAAAUUGAAAUAUGUAUAUGAAUGCUCAUUAUGUUACUGUUUGCUAUCUGUUUUUUUUUAUAGAUGUUUUUUCUUGUUAGAAGAUUACUUUCAGUGCUAGAAUUUACCGUUUUAAGUAAGACUGUUGAUUAAAAGUUCAGAACUGCAUUUAUAGAAGUUACGUUUAAAGUUGAAUAGUUAUAAUAAAUUGAAAAUCAUUGUGAAUAUUGUAGUGGCACUUUGAUGCAUUUAAACUUUUCAAAGUUAAUGUAACAAAUAGAUAUUAAGGAAGAACUAUGACGUGAGAGAAAGCAAUGUUUCAUUAUUUAUUUUGGUCAUAGAAGAGUACAACGCUGACAAUCGUCGAGUUUUAUUCUGAAUAUUAAUUUAUUUAUUGUACUUAAGUGUUUAUUUUGCAUACAAAAAUUUGUUUUUAAAAUUUAAAUAUUUUUUUCUUCAUUGUAAUUAUAUUGCUAGUCAAUAAUGGAAAUUGAAAAUUUUAAAUUUGCAAGAUAAUUUCCUGAAUUUUUCUGUUAUGUGCUGUGUAAAAUUUAUUCAUAGUUUAAAAGUGUUUAACAGUUAAUUCUAAAAGCUUUCAAAAAAUGUUAGAGUUAAUAGAAAUUUUAGAUCUCAAUUUAAAAAAUUUGAAUAUUUAGAGUUAAUAGAGCUUUUCUUGUGAAUUUAAUCUACAUGCAUUUAAAUGUCAUUCAGAGAAUUACGUUUAUUUUAUAAUGACUUUUGUAUUUUUAGCUUUUUUUAUGAUUGAAAAUGUAAAUUUUUUUUCUACUGAAUAUUUGCUAGUUGUUUUAUAAUGCAAGCAUCAUUGUAAGCAUUUUGAAAGCUUUUUUAUAUUAUAUAAAAAAUGAUUUACAUAAAAUAUUUUACAAACGAGUUUUUGUAGUCUUCCUUUUAAUCUCUUGUCAUUAUUUAAAUACAACCAUGUAUGAACUUAUGAAGGCUUUAUCAGACAAUAGAUAAGAAUAAGUAAAAUCAUAUGUAAGAUUUACAUCAAUGUAUGUAUUAAAAGUAAUCUCAUACUAACUGCCAAUGUUAGGGUAAAUAAAUUCAAAAGUUCAACCAGGCUGUUAGCUUAAAAAUUACGAUUAAUUUUUUUUAAAUUUUCUUUUCAAAUUAUAAUUUUUAGGAAAUUUUUGAACAUUAUUCCUCAAAAUCUUUCUACAGAAGCAUAAGAUCAAGGGUAGGCAACCUGUCACCCCUCAAGCAGGGUUUGAAAAAGCCAGGCCACCUGUGUUUUUGAUGAAAAAGUUUUUUUCAAGAAUAGAUUCAAUCUCGAAACAUAGUAGCAAACUACUGAUUUGCUACCUUCAAUUUUCAUAAAACUAUACACAAUUUUAAAUCUUGCAACUACUUUUACUCAAAAUUUUACUGCAAAAAUGUCAAAAUUAAAGGAAAAAAGCAUGAAUUUGAAAACAGUUUAAUAUUUAUUUGAAAUAUCGAAAUACCUUUUUCUAAACAUGACAAUUUAAGAAGUCAACAUUAACCUGUAUGAUAUUUUGAAUGUAAUAUUUGAAAAUAAUCCUAUGUAAUAUUUUCAAAAAAGAAAAUGCUCCUUGUAAGCCCAAAAUACAUAAUGUACAAAGCAUGUUCUAAAAGUAAGUACCGUUUUGAAAUAAAAAAAGAACAAGUACAGAAUAGAGCAAAGAAAUUUAUUUCACAAAAAUCUACCACCCCUUACACUAUGUUUCGACAUGGCUCCCGUGAUUUUCCAAGCCUUUGUCAUUACGUAGUACAGGUUUUUGUAUACCUAUUUGUAGAAAAUUGCCGCCUGUGUGUGUGUAUCAAAGUUCGGCAACUUAUAUUUGCAUUCUUGCUAUCAUAAUUUUAAAUUAAGUAUCUGAACAUUUCUUUUUUAAAGUAAAAAAUUUGAUCCCAGAUAAAUAAGUUACUGCUAUAUUUUUGGUAAUUCAAAGUAAUUAUAGGGGUCCUAAUAGGCAAAAUGAAAUGCACAGACCAAGGUUACCUAUACAUCAGUAAGCUUUUUGAGCUAAGCCUAGUUGAAAAUAUUCUGAAUGAAGCUUCAUUAAAAAAAAAAAAAACCAUAACAGAAAAACUAAAUGAACUUCUCUAACAAUAUAGAAACAAUACAUAAGCUUUAUUUUCUGUAAAAAUGUAACAUUUUAUUUUGUUUCCAGUCAUUCAGGGGUUCA